AUGGAGAGAUGCGGAUGCCUCAAGGUGGCGGCCUGGCCGGCGCCGGUUUUGGCCUCCGCGCUGCGCGCGGAGCUGCUCAGCGCGGAGGUGGUCUCGGGCUUCAGCACUGAGGUCAACGCUUCGUUCUUUUCCUUCUCAUUGGAUGAGGCCGAGAAGGUCACAUACUAUGAGAACCUGUGGGAAAUUUGGGUGAGAAAUCACGCCCAGCUCAACAACUACACUCACUGCUUGGACUGGGUAGAAAGCAGCUAUUUUGGCAUGAAGCCUUUUCAGGAGCAUGCCCACCCAACGAGCAUGGCGGAGGCAAGAGAGCGGAGCGCGUACUUUCUGCUGAACUCUCUGCGUGUGGACGAGGGGUCUCCGCUCUACGGCGACGUGUCGGUGGUUUUGCUGCCCAGCUUCGCACGUCGGGUGUCCGUCCUUUCGCCUUUUGACUCUGGCAGUUGGAGUGGUUUGUGCAACCACUCCUUUGUGACGCCGAACACCAGCUAUGCACACAACUGCAGUGCUUUCUCUGGACGCGGUGGUCUUGGCACCUUCCAGGCCUUCGAUCAUCUCUUCGAGAUCAACGAGAGGUAUUGGGCCAAGCCGGAGGCCUUCCUGCAGCCGCUGGCGCGCUUGCUGGGCCCGGAAGGUUCCACCGGGCUGGUGGGCGAGAACUUUGUGCAGUACUUCGAGGUGCUUCCAACUGCACGAGUCGAGUUCACCCAUGUGAAGUUCAUCAUUGCCGCGUUUCCAAGCCUAUUUGGCACAGAUCGGGGCGAGCGGGUCCAGCGCUGGUGUCGGAGGAACGGCUUGAUGCUAGUCUGGUCUCUGGGUCUCAAUGUCGGCUUCACUACAGAUCAUGGCAUGCCGCACUUCUGGGAUGUGCAGAAGCAGCGGGGCCCAUUCUACAGCAACCAGCGCCUCAUGGAUCCUGGUGUGCUGAGGACUUCCUCCCUGAACGCGACGGCGGCAGCCGAAGAUGUUGCUGCUUUCUCCGCGGCGUGGCAACUGCUGGCUUCAGAAAGACGGAGGCACCUAGAGCCGGCAGACUUCAACCGCCUGUGGGCGUCUUUGACUGCCAAUCUGUCACACAGUCUACAGAUUGCCCCUCUGCGGGCUGCUUCCUGUGCGGAUUUGGACCGCUGCAUUGGUGUCACCCGGCUCGGGUGCUUAUGCAAGAAGGAAGCUGCCGUUGUCGUGUGA